UUCACAUUUCGCCCAAACUCCCCGGACUUCAUAUCAGGCCGUUAUAUUUAUGCUUGUCUCAGAUCACGUGGCUGUGUUACUUGAAUUGCGUUUGCGGUGAAACAUUUACUCCUACUCCCAUCACAUCGAUAUUUACCCGCUUCAGCAACGAACACUCGUCUAAACGACCUGAUUUACUAUCGUGCAACACAUCCUUACGUAACUAAUGAAUAAGGAAUUCAUGUGCCGCAGCUGAGUGACGUAUUGCUAGCUCAUAUACAAAGCCCAAGCGGGCUGUCUCAGAAAUGGCUGGCGUUACUAUCGACCGGCGAACCGGCCAGGCCUAUAGGGAGAUGGCCUUUCAUCCUUCCAAGUAUCCUAAUAGACCCUUUUGGGUUCACGAGUCUCCGUUCUUGCCAGAAAGGUGGGAGGAGAGCAGCCGAGUCGGGGCGCCCUCAUUACAGCAUUCCGCCAUGAAGUGCCUGUUGUCUGACCAGAGGAGACUACGGCCGGAAAUUUUUGCUUACGUACCCUGGCAUAUUGCUAGCUACCUCUGGGAUUGCCUUGGCAAGAGCAAGAGAAGAACUCUACACAGCUGGAAGCUCUUUGCAAUGGCCUACCCCGAGCAAUUCCGAGAAGUCAACCGUUAUCGCUCCUAUAGUGUCAAAAGCGUGGAGAUGGGCAUGCCCGAAUACUGGAAGGAGGUGAAGAGCGAGACCUUGAGUUGGCGGGUUGUGCUGAGUUUGGACCCAUCAAUCGCCAGGGUUCCUGAUCUCGUGGAGAUAGCUAGUAUCCGGAACUUGGUAGCUUUGGAAAUAUCAUCGCCACCGCAGACCUGGCAUAACGGCGAGUCGUCCGGGGUCACGCUCAGCAAUCGCAUCAUCCGGUCGUGGAACGAGUUGCAGCAGAGUUCUGGGGCAUUUGCACAUCUCCGAGUCUUGGUCUUGUCUCGUCAAUGUGACCUCACGGUGCAGAUCUUUCAAUACCUGCGAGACUUUCCGUCGCUGGAGAUUGUUCUCGCGGCGGACUGCGGGGAUCUCACGAAGGCGUCUAAGGUUGAUUUUCAAGUUGAUGGAUGGCUAGUAGAUCCCGAUACGAAACGGGACGGAACUCUCUACGAUCAGUACUUAUCAGUUAUCAAAAGCGAGGCAAAAAAGCCGACCGGCCUAGACACUGCCCCUGUCUUGAACUUCGCAAUCAACCCUAGCAAAACCAAAAGCGACACGCCAAUGAGGAAAGAGCAAGUCUGCUUCUACCGCGACGGCAGCAAGACUUACAAGCACGAGCAAGAGUCAGACCGGAAAAGGCCACGAGGCUAUCCCCAGAUGAAAAUACAAAGGCCAGAUAAAUACCGCAAGAUAGGCUGGGAAGGACUGCUGGGAGACUUGAGUUGAUUGUCAAAAGUGUCAGACCAUCAAGUGGGGACUAUAUCCAUAGUUAGUUAAUGCUGACUGGAUGAUGUCACUGCUAACAGUCUCAGGGCGGUCGGCCAUAUCUCGGCCGGGGGACCGCCACAGUGUGGGAGCUGCAGAGGUACCUGCAUAGCUGUAGAUCAGUAAGGAGCAGACAGGCCUAGUUGACUCGAUACAAAGUACAUCAAUGUGUAGAACGAUUGGG